AUUUGUUAUUUUGUCAUGGUUUGUAGGUUUAUUGAUAAAUAUGGAACUCACAUUAUUUUUGGGGUAAAGAUGGGUGGCAAGGAUGUUAUUCACAUUAAGCAGCUGGAGGAGUCUGUUCUUCAACAAAAUGAUUUGCAAAAUUUAUUGAAGAAGUUAGCUGAUGAGAAAUUUGCUGAAGAGUCACAUGAAAGUGAGGAUUUGUCAUGUAGAAAAGAGGACAAUCAGUUAGUGUAUCUGGAACGUAAUGCAGCUUUGUUCAACUCUUUGAGGUCGACUGUUUUAUCUCACUCAAAGAAAGAUGACAUAGUUAGCAUUCAGGUUAGAAGAGGAGGAAUCAACACUAAUCAAAGUCAUAGCCGGUGGCUUUCAACUAUUUCUGAGGCCCCUGAUGCGAUAUCAAUGUCGUUUAUUCCUAUUACGUCUUUAUUAAAUGGUGUUCGUGGAAGUGGAUUCUUAACGCAUGCUAUAAACCUGUACCUUCGUUACAAGCCACCUAUUGAGGAACUUGCUCAAUUUUUGGAGUUCCAGUUGCCACGUCAAUGGGCUCCAGCUUUUGGUGAGCUCCUUCUUGGUCCACAGCAUAGGAAGCGUGGUUUACCAUCCCUUCAGUUCACUAUCUUGGGUCCCAAACUUUAUGUUAACAAUAUCCAGGUUGAUUCAGGGGGACGACCAGUGACUGGGAUUCGACUCUAUCUUGAAGGCAGAAGGAACGACUGCUUAGCAAUUCAUCUACAGCACCUUUGUGCUCUCCCCAGCAUUUUCAAACUAUGUGACGACGAAGUUCACACAACCGAAGACAUUACUACCAACCAAAGAGCAUAUUUUGAACCAAUCAAGUGGGCUCUCCUAUCUCGUGUCUGUACUGCUCCAGUUCAGUACAGUGGAGCUCACUUAGAUGAAACUGCCUCCAUCGUUACCAAAGCUUGGCUGGAGGUGAGAGAGAUUGGCUUCAGGAGAGUGCUCUUCCUUCGACUUGGCUUUUCACGCAUAGCGUCAAUGAGAAUUCGUCGUUCAGAAUGGGAUGGCCAAAGCAGUAUCUCAAGGAAGUCAGGCUCCAUCUCAGCAUUCAUUAGCUCGAGAUUCAGCACAGGUAUUUUACCAAAGCCAAAGCCAAAGGUUGAAGUGAAUUCUGCAGUCUUUCCUGGUGGGCCACCUACACCAUUCCGAGUUCCAAAACUUGCGAGGUUUGUGGACACUACUGAGAUAGCUAGAGGUCCAGAUGAUCUUCCAGGUUACUGGGUAGUGACUGGUGCUAAGUUGUGUGUGGAGGGUGGGAAGAUCUCUCUAAAGGUUAAGUACUCCCUAUUGGUUUUGAUACACGAGGAUGACUGAAUCUGUAGGCACUUAAGUGCAAUUUGUUAGAAGUUAGUAGGUUAGCGUGCGAAAGCUCCCAACUAUUCUCGGCCAAAACUAGGUGGUGACUGGUACUGAGAUGUGUGUGGAGGGUGGGAAGAUAUCUCUGAAAUUCAAGAACUUUCUCUUGGUAUUGAUACGUAGGCAUUGAAGUACAAUUUGUUUGAAAUUAAUAGAUUAGUAGGCUCGAGUUUGGGUUAACUGUGAGAAGCAAAAGUGAUUUGUUGGGGUCAAACUAUGUUCAGGUCAAUAAAUAUAAUGAGUACAUUAGGAUUAGAUUAACAAUUUUUUUUUAGCCAUUUAGGUUUCAUUUGAGACGGCUUUCUUACUGCUUUUUAAAGCAGCUUUUUAGUACAAAAUUUUUAUUUUUUAUUAAAAAGUCACUUUAAGAAGCAUAAAGAAAGCCGUUCCAAACGAAACAUUAAUUUAUAGGGAAAUAAUCAUUGUUGCAAACUCAUUACUAGGCGAGCCAUAAAUCAUAGAUUAUAGGUUGCCGGCAACUCCAAAAAUCAGGUGGGAUAGAGAAAGACGCAAGAACAUAGGUUAAGGAGAUUUUACCUGAUUACAUUUCAUCAUGUCAUAAUACUCCAACAGAGAAUAUUUAUAAGGAUACAAAGAUAUCUUAGACAUAUGAACUACCUAUUAAUCCUUCAUACCUAUUACUUAUUUAUGAAUCAAAUGACUCAAAAAGACCUGUUAAUCUAAUCUUAAUCAACCCAUCAAACUUAUUGACCUUAACAAACCCGAGCCAGUAAUCACAUCUCUUUUGAUAUUGGACUUCAGCUUCAGGUUUGGCUUCUGGGUGUUUUAGAUUUAUAAUUUCUUUUAUCUGCAAAGAGAUUCCUGUCUUUCCAAUGAUGUCGAUGUGUUGGGCCCGAGCUAUUAUAUGUUAUCCUGACAUUUUUUCUGGCUUACAAAUGAAUUUUAAGCUGUCAAAGUUUUUUUUUUUGGUGUAUUAUACAGAACUUUAUCAUUGUAUAUAGAUUAUUAGGGAUUGAAUGCGAGAUUUAUUUCACA